AUGGCUUCCGGCUACGAUCGUGCCCUUUCCGUCUUCAGCCCCGAUGGCCACGUGUUCCAAGUCGAAUAUGCCCUGGAAGCAGUCAAGCGAGGAACCUGUGCGGUCGGAGUGAAAGGCAAAGACAUUGUAGUCUUGGGCUGCGAAAAGAGAUCGGCCAUGAAGCUACAGGACACACGAAUCACACCCUCCAAGAUUGGUCUUAUUGACACCCACGUCUGCCUUGCUUUCGCCGGACUCAACGCCGAUGCCCGGAUAUUAAUCGACAAAGCCAGAGUCGAGGCGCAGUCUCAUCGGCUCACGGUGGAAGACCCUGUUACGAUUGAAUACAUUACGAAAUAUGUGGCCGGCGUGCAGCAACGAUUUACUCAGAGCGGUGGUGUCAGGCCUUUUGGCAUCAGCACCCUGAUUAUCGGGUUCGACAAGGGCGAUAAGGAGCCUAAGUUGUACCAAACAGAACCCUCAGGCAUCUAUUCUGCUUGGUAUGUUGUCAUCUCUGACUCCAAGAGCCGCCGUCUGACACGAAGCAGGAAAGCAAAUGCGAUCGGCCGAUCCAGCAAAACCGUGCGCGAAUUUCUCGAGCGAAAUCAUAAAGAUGACAUGGACCGAGAGGCAACCAUUUCGUUGACCGUCAAAUCACUCCUAGAAGUCGUGCAAACAGGUGCCAAGAACAUUGAGAUUGCGAUCAUGGCUCCAGGCAAAACAAUUGAGAUGCUUCCAUCCGAACAGAUUGAACAGUAUGUCAAGACCAUCGAGGCGGAGAAGCAAGAAGAACAGGCGAAAAAGAAGCCCGGGACGAGAGCGUCGGGAUCGGCAACCUCGUCCCUACCAACCCGGCCGCUAGCUGAGGGCGAGGGUGGAGGAGAUGAAUAA